AGGAGCGAGUGGGCGUGUUGCUGACAUAUCGAUGACGUUUCUAUCAUGCGACUGGCACGAAGCCGGGAGAAUACGAAGCGUGAAGAACAAAAGACAACAACAAUAAUGGUUCAUUGGCAAGACGAAGAGAUUCGUCAGCUUCUGAGGGUAAGGGCCAAGGCUGAAAUCUCCAGACAAAUAGUAGGAACGGCAAGAGACUCUGUUGUUUAUGACCAAAUUACGAAAGGCCUACGCGAAAAGGGAAUAAUCCGAACCAAGGCUCAGGUAAACACCAAAUUAAAAGCUCUUAAAAAGCAAUACCAAACGUUCGUCGACCGUAGAGGCCGUAGUGGAAACGGCGAUGAAACAUGGUGCUAUUUAGGUUUGUGCGAGGCUAUAUGGGGAUCGAGUCACUCGCCGAGACCUGUGGCUUUGGGCUUGGGCCAGGAAAUGGCGUCCACCUCCAGAAGCACGGAGACCUCCUCCCCGAGUACCCCCGAACCACCAAGCAGCGACAAUGACGAGAAGCCUUCAGUAGCUGAUCUGUCGAUCAAGGAUUCGGGUUGUAGUACAGAAUGGACCGUUCCUGAUGAAGAACCUCCUAGGAAGAAGUCGAGGAACAAGACAAACUUGGAAAGGCAAUCGGCAGAGGUGAGGCGCGUCUUCAACGAUAUGGACAAGGACUUCCACGAGCGAGAGCGGCUUCGGCUGCUCGAGGAGCGGGAGUACGAGGAGCGCUGGCGGCGAGAGCAGCAGGAGCGGGAGGACCGCCGCCACAGAGAGGAGAUGGCCGUUCUUCAGGACAUGACCACUGUACUCCGACAAAUGGCCCAAGCCCAGCAGCAGACGGCGGACAAGCAGCCUCCACCCCUUCCCUCGGGGAGCCACUCCUGGAGCCCAGAACGGAUCCGGCGGCUGGAGGAGCGGGACUUUAUGGAGCGGCGCCGCAGAGAGGAGCAGGAGCGCGAGAACAGGGAACGGAGAGAGGAGAUGGCGGUUCUUAAGGACUUGACCUCGACACUCCGACAAAUGACCCAGGCCCGGCAGGUGCCGGCCGCGCAACCUCCACCCCUGCCCCCGGUAAACAACCCCUGGAGUCCAGAACAGCUUCAGCUGUUGCAGGAGUAGGUAGAGCAGAGGAGGAAGAGUGGCUGCGAAAUGCUCUAAGAUGAGACUGUCCGUCAAUUUCAGCCGGGCUGAGCCAGGCUGGGCUAUUCAUGUCUGCUGGUUAUUGUGAUUACACAUAGACACAAGGCCAUCAAACCGUAUAGCACCUCACUCCACAUCUAUUUGUGGCUAGUUUGUUUUUGGUUUUACAGUUCUCUAUUUUAUGCUAUUGUAAGUGAUGUUCAGUACCAUGAGUUAUGUCAUGGGAUGAAUAAGGUUUUGAGAUAAAUGCACAAAUGUGACACUUGUUGUUCAAAUAUGACACUUGUGUUAUAUCUAUACCCAUGGGGAUGAUACUGUACUCUGCCAUUUUCUAUUUUUCACUCUGCACUUGAUAGAUAAAACACGUUGUCUUGAGACAAAUUCGUUGUCUGUUUUCUUCGAUGCAUCUUUUGAAAAUAUUGGAAAUGUAUAAACUAUUCAUAUCUAGCAUCUCAGGCCAAAACCAGUGAACACUAUGCCUCAAAAGUUGCCUUAUUACGAAAUUGAGAUUUUUCAUCAUUGAGGAGCCCUUAAAUUCCCUCGACAAUAACAAGUUCUUCCCAAGGUCGAAACCCCUUUGAAACCAAAAAAGGAAUCGUGUGUUCCUCAUAUAAUGCUCAUUUAAAAGUCACAAAUCCUUCAGCGAUGCAAAAAGGUAACGGGUGAAUAAUAAAAUCCAAUUAUUUUAUUUGAUAAAUUGUUUGUACAAAUAAAAAAAUCUAUACACGGA